AUGGCGGAAGCGACGGUAGAAGAUGUGCCAAGCACGCGCUAUUUCUGUUACAACUGUCAAGAGGAAGUUUCAUCCAAAUCGCAGAGUAAUUUAUGUCCGCAAUGUGGUGGAGGAUUUGUUGAACAGUUAGAAGGCGACGCCAAAGUUGAAGAUAUUAUAAGUGACGUAUCAGUUGAUAAUGAAAAUAUAAACUUUCUCUCAUAUUGGCGUGGUGCUCUUGAAAACAAUACCGAUGAUUCUGCAGAUGAAUCAGAAGAUGAAUCAGCCUUUGGAGUCAACUUUCCGCAUCGAUUAAAUCUACGGUCUAACUCUCGUCGAUCACGUGGCUCGCAAACUUUCGAAGGAUCACCUGGACAGUCAGGAACUACGACUGUUCGCCUUGAAAGGAAUGCUCUAUUUAACUUACACUCCAGCCCAGGAGACUAUGCGUGGGGAAGGGGUGGUUUAGAUGAUAUUAUUUCGCAGUUUCUAUCGAAUCUUGGCGACAGUAGUGGUCCUCCUCCUGCAAAGAAAUCGAUCAUCGAUGAUCUACCUCACGAAGUCAUAACCAGUGAAAUUUUGGAAACAAACAGUGAAUGUCCAAUAUGCAAAGAAGAGUUUAAAGUGAAAGAUACUGCGAGAAAAUUGCCAUGUCAGCAUUACUUUCACUCACAAUGUAUUGUACAAUGGUUACAAAGGCAUGGCACUUGUCCUGUCUGCCGAUUGAAUCUCGCUGAAGGUAGUCCUUCUGAGGAAGCCAAUAAUGGUGGUAACAGCAGUAGUCGAAGAUCUGGAAAUUCUCGAAGUCCAAAUAUUAGCAAUUCAUCUAGGAGUAGCCGACGACGAUCUGGGCCAUCGUCAACUUUAGUUUAA